AACUUCGAGAGAAAGAGAAAGAAGAAUCACAAGAAAAGCUCUCUGAGAACAAUCUCCUCAAUGGCUUCAAAGCUCGUGAUCAUCAUUGUGUUCAUUCUAGAUCUCAUUGCUGUUGGAUUAGCCAUUGCCGCCGAACAACGAAGAAGUGUCGGUAAGGUUGUUCCGGAUAAGGAGAAGGAUUAUGAGUAUUGUGAGUAUGGCUCAGACAUAGCUACAAGUUAUGGAGCUGGUGCAUUUGUGCUUCUCUUCACCAGCCAAGUCAUUAUUAUGGUGGCUAGCCGGUGUUUCUGUUGCGGCAAAGCUCUUAACCCCGGUGGUUCAAGAGCUUGUGCCAUUAUGCUCUUCCUCAUUUGCUGGGUGUUUUUCUUGAUUGCUGAGAUAUGUUUGCUCGCGGGAUCAAUCAGAAACGCGUACCACACUAAGUACAGAAGGAUGUGGAACGUCGAAGACCCUCCGAGCUGUGAAGUGAUCCGUAAAGGAGUGUUUGCUGCUGGUGCUUCCUUUGCUCUCUUCACUGCUAUUGUCUCUCAAUUCUAUUACAUCUCCUAUUCUCGUGCCCGGGAUGGUUACCAAAACCCACAUUACUAGGGAGUGAGAUCCAGAACAAGAAAAGCUAAACGUUGAAAGAGUUUGUCCACUCACUGAUCAAUAGGAUAUUAAAAUUUGAUGAUGUUAGUGAUUUUGCUUCUUGCUUGUAUUCGUUAUGCCUUUGAAUCACAUUUGCUUUUUUGGUUUUCUUGUGAUGUAUAAAUCUUAUAUAAUAUAGACAGCUAUUCUAC